CAUCGGAAGCUGCAUGGUGAUCAGCUGGGCUUUUCGGUCCGAUGAGGUGUUGUGUGGUCCAGAUGGAGGGAUUUCUUAUAUUAAUCGCAGGUCUGCCCUUAGCAUGGGUAUCCCAGAAGGAGCUGCGUGUCUCUUGGUUUAAAAAUCGAGUUACUCGCCCCGCUGCUUUUCCUCUUCCCAGGUUGAUGACCUGUUGUACGAUUUUGCGUCAUGCUUCAUAAAUCCAUCCUCGGCGCUUUCCACUGGAGGAGGUUCGGAGGGGGACUAUCUGGGAUCCCAGGGCCAACUCUUGCAAAGUUUACACGGCUCUGGAAGCUCCAUAGCGUGUGGAAGGGGGACCAUCAUCGCACAGAAGUUGAGCUUCAUCAAAAACAUGGCCCGCUCGUGCGUAUCGGCCCUCGCCAUGUUUCUGUCGCCGAUCCGGCUGCAAUACCGGUAAUAUAUGGAUUGAAUAAAGGUUUCACGAAGACAGGGUUCUACCCUAUCCAAUGUAUAUCCUGGAAUAAGGCACCGCAAAUGAACCUCUUUUCUACCCGCGACGAGCAAUUUCACCGAGACCAGAAGCGGCCUGUCGCGAAUGCAUACAGCAUGACUUCGCUUCUUGAGCUUGAGCCUGCCGUCGACUCGUGCACAGAGAUUUUCCGUUCUCGACUGCAGGACUUCGCGGAUAAGCAGCGACCGAUUGAUCUAGGGACCUGGUUACAGUACUAUGCCUUCGACGUAGUGGGCGAAUUCACCUUUGCGAAGAAAUUGGGGUUUCUACAGGAAGGCCGCGAUGUUGACGACAUGAUGAGUGGGAUCCAGGGAAUAUUAGCGUAUGCUAGUCUAUGUGGGCAGGUUCCCGAAGCCCAUAAGAUCCUACUAGGGAAUCCACUUAUGCCGAUUCUCUUCCCCAGCAUGGAGAGCUGGAACCAGGUGCUGCAGUUUACGCUGAAGCAGGUGAAUUCGCGGACAUCCCUGACGCGGGAUGGGGAACUGGAGAAGGGCGAUCUGGAGAAAGGGAAGGAUAUGCUCUCGCGGUGGAUGGCAAUUCACUAUUCUGAUCCCGGGAAGAUGAGCACGAGGGAUGUCAUUGUGCAUCUGUCCACAAAUGUCUUUGCGGGCUCUGAUACAACAGCAAUUGCGCUUAGGGCGAUUAUCUAUUUCUUGCUUCGGAAUCCGACAACCAUGGAGAAGAUCGUUGGGGAGAUCGACGAGGCUGACAGGCUGGGCCAGUUGAGCAGCCCUCUCUCUUACAGGGAAUCAAUGUCUCAUUUGCCGUACCUGGGCGCCGUCAUCAAAGAGGCGAUGCGGCUUCACCCGUCCGUGGGAUUCAUUCUAGAACGCCAUGUGCCUGAGGGUGGAAUCACGGUUUGUGAGAAGCAUAUUCCUGCCGGGACGACUGUUGGUAUCAACGCCUGGGUUCUGCAUCACGACCCUACAGUAUUCCUGGACCCUGAAUCAUUUGUCCCGGAGCGCUGGCUGGAGAGUAGCCCGGAGAAGCUGAAGCAGAUGGAGCAGAGCUUUUUCGCUUUCGGCGCUGGGUCUCGGACCUGCGUGGGGAAGAACAUCUCGCUCAUCGAGAUGCAUAAGAUCAUCCCACAGUUGCUGCGGGAUUUCACGUUCCAGCUGCAUAAGCCGGGCGAGGAGUGGAAGACGAAGAAUGCGUGGUUUGUCCAGCAGGAGGGUCUUGUGUGUGAUGUGGUGCGCAGAAAAUAACGCUGCAUCGAUAUCAUGUUUCAACGAUAUGAAUGGAGUAAAGAGGACGCCCCAGUAUGUAGCCAAGGUAGGAGUUAACGAAGUCAAUGGAUUAGAAACACAAUGAUUGGAUUGAUAAUUGCUUCUGUUGAUCUCU